GCGAUGGGGCUGGGAGCAAGCCGGGAGCCUUAGCCCCGCUCCGGCCGGGAGCCAUGCCCGCGGGGAACGGCACGGGCACCUCCAGCCGCCCGGAGCCCGUGGCGCCCGAGCAGGAGGUGCCGGGCGAGCGGCCCCUCUUCAGCGCCGCUACCUACGAGCUGCUGGCGCUGCUGGUCGCCACCAUCGGCAUGCUGGGCUUGUGCAACAACUUGCUGGUGCUGGUGCUCUACUACAAGUUCAAGCGGCUCCGCACGCCCACCAACCUCUUCCUCGUCAACAUCAGCCUCAGCGACCUGCUGGUGUCCGUCUUCGGCGUGAGCCUUACCUUUAUGUCCUGCCUGAGGAGCCGCUGGGUGUGGGACGCCGCCGGCUGCGUCUGGGACGGCUUCAGCAGCAGCCUCUUCGGAAUUGUUUCCAUUAUGACUCUCACUGCUCUUGCCUAUGAGCGCUACAUUCGGGUAGUCCAUGCAAAGGUGAUUGACUUCUCCUGGUCUUGGCGGGCUAUCACGUACAUCUGGCUGUACUCGCUGGCCUGGACUGGAGCCCCUCUUUUGGGCUGGAACAGAUACACACUGGAAAUUCAUGGCUUAGGUUGCUCAGUGGACUGGAAGUCAAAAGACCCCAAUGAUACCUCCUUUGUGCUCCUUUUUUUCCUUGGCUGUCUAGUAGCACCUGUUGGGAUCAUGGCCUAUUGCUAUGGCCAUAUUCUGCAUGCAGUAAGAAUGCUUCGCUGUGUAGAAGAUUUCCAGACAGUUCAAGUGAUCAAACUUCUAAGAUAUGAAAAGAAGGUGGCUAAAAUGUGUUUCCUGAUGAUCUCCACAUUCCUUAUUUGUUGGAUGCCCUAUGCAGUCGUCUCCCUCUUGAUAACAUAUGGCUACAGCAACCUUGUAACUCCAACAGUGGCUAUCAUCCCAUCUUUCUUUGCCAAGUCAAGUACUGCUUAUAAUCCAGUUAUCUAUAUCUUCAUGAGUAGAAAGUUUCGACGCUGCCUUUUGCAACUCCUGUGCUUCCGCCUGAUGAGAUUGCAGAGGACAAUGAAAGAGACACCAGCAACAGAGAGUGACAAACCAAUACGACCCAUAGUUAUGUCUCAGAAGGCAGGGGACAGGCCAAAGAAGAAAGUGACUUUCAGCUCUUCCUCUGUCAUUUUUAUAAUCACCAGUGAUGACACCGAGCAAAUAGAUGACAGCAGUAAACACAAUGAGACAAAAGUAAAUGUCAUCCAAGUAAAGCCAUUGCAGGGAUGACCUGAAGAGAC